AGUACGCUGCAAGUCCUCAACAUUGCUGGAAAUAACUUGGAUAGCAUUAGAGACAUUGAAUGCUUACGCAACUUGUAUCAGUUACAUGCAAAUGACAAUUUACUGACAGACAUGAAGGAGCUUGCUCAUGUUAUUGGAGGCAUGUUUAAGUUGUGGAGGUUAGACCUUAUGGGAAAUCCCCUCUGUCACAAGGCAAAAUACAGAGACAGGGUCAUUGUAAUGGCCAAAAAUCUCGAAGUCCUAGAUGGAAAAGAAAUAAGUGAAACCUCCAGACAAUUCCUACACAGCUGGCACGAUGCCAGGGAGGUGCAGAAAAAGCGUAGAGAGGAAAACAUGAGGAAGGGGAGUGGAGAAUUCGGAGAUGGUGCCCUUUUACGGGAGUUACCACCUGUUAAGGAUUAUCCUCGCCUCCCAAGCAAGAUUCCCGGAUACAUGAUGCCUGGUUUACCCAGGAAGCAAUUUGACGAAAUUCUUGCAAGAACCAACAGCAACCUUGCCGAGGACUCUUCCCAGAAACAUUCCGCCUCUAUGAAGACUCGAAGUGGGAUCUUGCGAUCCAACACUAUACAAAUAUCAGGCCUUCAGAGGGUAUUUCCCCUUUCUCGCUCAAUGACAAGAUUGCCUCAGCACCUGCCGGACGCCGGAGGAGGCAACCGCUUACUAUGAGUUUUGAAUUUGGAAAUCUUGAUCAGAGUCACCACAUUCAGAGAAAUGACAUCAUCAACCCCUCAUAAACCUUUAUUACACUGGUCACCCCGCGGGAUUUUGCCAGUUACACUGUACAUGUACCGUCCACUAGAGUUAUGUUUUUUUGUGUUCAGCUUCAACUCUACUCUAACUUAAUUGAUGGACUACUGUUUAUACAUAGAAACAAUUUUUAUUGAAUAAUGAUACUAAUAUGUUUGUGAAUUUUGCUCAAAAUGUUAUUGUUCAGAAUUCUAGCCUAGUUUGAUGAAACAUUUUCCUGCUUUCAUUAGAUAUUCUUUGUAAUCGUGAUAUUUCCAUAUAGAGAACAUGCUUCCAUUUGCCUCUGUAGUUGUUGAGGAGGUAUAUAAUGUUGAAUGGGCUUGGUAACCCUAAGUUCCAUUAAUAUAUUCAGAUGAUGUGACUAACAUUUUAGUUAAAUUUGGGGUAUUUAUUUUACUACAUGUAUUUUGAAAGCAUCAGUAUUAGAAUAUUAAACUAUUUCAUAAUUAAACCUUUAUGCACUGUGUUUACAGACACUUGGCAUUGUCUCAUGUUUUUACAUUUUUAUUGUUUAUUGCAUGUUGAUGAAACUUCAGCUAAUUGUUGUGUUUUAUAGUUUUGAGCAUACAAUAAUUAGAGUUGUGUAUUUAAUACUGUGUUAAAUAACACUGAUAAUCACUUCUGAUUCAACUUUGAUGAAGCCUUUUCUGUGAUGCACAUGCUUUCUUUUUGUUUUUUGGAUCUGAUUAAUGUCUGUUUGUUUGUACAUGCACUGUAAGUAUAUUAAAUUUUCUUUUUUGAGUCAUGCAUACAAAGUAAAUUAAUUGAUUCUUUGUUGUAAUAUAUGUGGCAUAGCAUUAUCUUUUUUAUUUGUGACAUGUACAGUAUUUAAAGUGCUACUUGGACAAGGUCCAAAUGAGUUUUCAUGCAUAUGUUUCUGUCAGACAAAGUAUUUUAUUUAUUAUUGACUUUUUCCAUCUUUUUUUCUUGGUCACCGAUAAAUGUUCAUGUCAGGGCCAAUGAAACAUUUUUUUUCUUUUUAUUAAAUUUAAUUUUUGAAUUGUCCAUUUGAAAUGUGUAUGCUGCAGAUCAGGAAUGUAAACUUUUUGCACUGAUUAUUUUUGCCCAAAUGCAUUUAGAAUUUAAAGCAGUCUGCCCAUAUUUAGGUUCGACUAAUGGCAAAUUUUUGUUUUGGGAAACUGUCUUAACUGUGGCCAAAUUUUGAUAAUAUUUUGAACAAUGAUUACUUAUAUUUACCCGGUAUAUUUAAAUAUGCAAAAUGAAAGUGCAUAAAUAUAAAAUACUGAAAAAAAAACUGUCAAGUGCCCAUUAUGCAUGUUUAUCUCUCCUUUGUGUCUAACGUACAAAGGGGGAGGGGGCUUUAAUUAACAUAAUUAAUGUUAAUUAAUGUUAAUUAACAGAUUAACAUCGAAAUCUGCCUCAUGUAUUUCAAAUGAAACAUUGUUUUUAGCACAAACUGUGAAGUUAAACAUUUCUUGUUAACUUCAUUAUUAUAUGGUUUGCUGGAAUGUAACUUUCAGCCUACAACAAUUAGAAAUUUAUUAAAUGGCUACUGUUAACACAAUUUCUACCAACAAAAAAUUGCAUUUAGUAUAAUUUAGAUCAUAAAUUCUACCCUUGCUAGCUGUAUUUAACCUUUUGCAAGCUAGAUGUACACAUUUGGCUAGAUAAGGGAUCAAAACUUGCAUUGAUAUGGCUUUUAAUGUACAGAACUGCAUUUGGUCAAACAAGCUCUUUCUUGACCAUUCUCUGUGAUGAAGAAUUAAUGUUGAAUAUUAUAAUGCAUCUUUGUA